UAUCCACCAACCGUCAUCCCACUCAUCCUGUCCCCCUCCCAGAAGUCCUUUCCUCUAUAACCCUCGAAUUGAAUUCAUCUCUCUCUCUCUCUUUCCCUCCCUCUUAAAAUCUGAUCAGCUUCAGUCAAUUGCCUAAUUAAAAUAAACAGAAAAUGGGCUUCAUUGCAGGACCUCAUCCGGGCAUCCUCCACCACUACUCUCCCCGCCUCGUAGCUUUCGAACAUUCUCCUCCAGCGAGCCAUGCCUCUGCACCGGAGUCCCAGCCUAAAAAUACCAUCAUUUUCAUCGCAGGAUUAGGUGACGGUCUAUUGACUGUGCCAUAUGCAACGAAGCUUUCUCAAGCUCUCCCGCCCAACUACCGCCUCGCCGAAAUUCUCCUCUUUUCUUCCUAUACUGGCUGGGGCAUUUCAUCAUUGCAACGGGAUGCUGCUCAGAUAUCAGAGUGCGUAGCGUACUUCAAACGCGCUCGGCCAGGUGGUAAGAUUAUCCUGAUGGGCCAUUCCACUGGUUGUCAGGACACAAUCGAGUACCUGGUCGGUAGAAAUGCCGCUUCAUACACCCCUAUUGAUGGCGCAAUCUUGCAAGCCUCCAUUAGCGAUCGAGAAGCAAUUGAGGCGGAGCUCAAGCCGGCAACGCUGAAGAGGGGUAUUGAAAUAGCCCAAAAAUGGGUUGCUGAGGGCAAAGGUGACGAUGUGCUGCCGGCCGAAGCGACAGAUGGAUCCUUUGGUUCGCCCUGUACCGCUCGACGAUGGUUGAGCCUUACAAGCCCUGACCAUGAUGGCGACGAUGAUUAUUUCAGUUCCGACCUCUCGGACGAGCAGCUCCGCCAGACUUUUGGGAAAAUUCCAGCCUCCAGUCCCUUGUGUAUUUUGUACUCGGGGUCGGAUCAGUUUGUGCCUGAUUUUGUAGACAAGGCUGCGUUGGUGAAGAAGUGGAUCGGCUUCGUCAAAGAAGGAGGUGGAAAGGUGGACGAGGAACACUCUGGUCUAGUGAAAGACGCAAGCCAUAACUUAAUUGGCAAUGAUGAGCCGGUCGUUAAAGACUUGAUUGAGCGAGUUCUGGGAUUUGUGACGAAGAUCGCCUGAAGCAAUUUUGGACGCCUACGCUCCCUUCAUUUUCGCGCAAAGUCCGAAACGCAGCAGCCCUCCUUCGAGAAUCGUUAGCUCGAUGCUCUCAUUCGCCUUGAGAAGAGUUGGUUUGAGCAAUAGAAUAAUGACUGUAAGAAGAUAAGACGAUAGAUGAUAGCCUAUUGGUAUAUAGAUUUUCGGUUACACAGAAUUCUAAACAAAGACAAAGUAUGAACCUGAAUAUCACAUCUCUACCACAUAAACAAUACGGACGAAACCACUACCGGUCUUUUACAUGUUGUUCGUCUAUUGAAGGAGCGCUAUAAAGGUGAAUAGGGCUACUUUUCCCGACCGUCAAGAAG